CAUACAUAUAUAUAUAUUUAAGAAAUAAUAAAAUGUACAAGUAUUCCUUCCUCCUAAUAAUUAUGGAAAUUGAUUAAAGUCUUUCCUCAUGGUGGGAACCAAAAAUGGACCCUUUUCUACAAAAUUAUAUUUAUAUAAAUAUUUUGAUUGAAAAUUGAAAUUUAUUAUGAUGAGAUUGAAGAGGCAAGCCAAGUGUAAGCAAAAUCAACCUCAUUCUUCUCCUUUGUAGACAUGUCACAAAGGUCAUAUCAGUAAAAUCAUCUGAAAAAAACCAGACAUUUGAACUUAUUGUUUGUGACAGUUGGAACUUUGAAGAAAUAUCAAAAGGGUAUAGAGAAGAAAGAAACAACAUUUCAUCUCAAUUGUUAAAUUGAAUUGAAGCAAGAGAAUGGUGUUUGAAGUGUGGAACUAAAUUCAAUGGCAAAGAAGAGAAGCUGGUUUGGUUGGAUAAAAAGCCUAUUUUCUUGUUCUCAAACAACAAAGGUAGCAAAGGAGUGGAGAUGGGAUUUGGGAAGGCUUGAAUUUAAGCAACAAUAUCCUAUACUAAUGGCAUCACAAUCACAAAGGACACUUAGUGAUGCAACAGAAGAGCAGAGAAAUCUUGCUCUAAAUGUUGCCGUGGCAACAGCAGCCGCAGCCGAGGCUGCGGUUGCUGCUGCACAGGCUGCUGCCGAGGUUGUGCGGCUCACUAGUGGUGGCGGUGGUGCUUCGGAAAGGGUUCAUCUUUACAGGAAAUUAGACCCUAACUUGGCUGCUAUAAAGAUUCAAAGUGUUUACAGAGCACAUCUAGCAAGGAAAGCAUUAAGAGCAUUGAAAGGAUUAGUGAGACUUCAAGCCAUUGUUCGCGGCCGAGCUGUGAGACGGCGCCAAACAAUUUCGGCCUUGAAGAAUGUACAUUGCAAUAGGAAGAGGCGGCCCGAGGUCCCCGAAAGGAUCAUUCUUGCUGCAGACAAAUGUGUCAAUAAUGAUGGUUUUAACACAACAUCUUUGAAACCAAAAGACUUAGAAGAAAAAGAACUUGAGCAUCAUGAUCAUGAAGAUAUGAUUCAAGGAGAGUGGAAUUGCAGUGUACUUUCGAAAAAUGACAUAGAAACUAUCAUUUUAAGAAGACAAGAAGCGCGAAUGAAGAGAGAUCGAAUAAAGAAAUACUCAUACUCACAUAGGGAGAGAAGGAAUAGUUUCAUGCUGCAAGAUUCAUUAGAACCUUGGGAAAAACAGGUGAUUUUUCGUCGAAGAGAUAAUGAUUUGAAUGGAAUGGUUCAUAUUAAAUCGAAAAAUUCAAAACAAAGAGAGUUUGGAUUGAGUACGGAGUUACCGCUUUCGAUGAGGAAUUCAUUUUGCCAAGAUAGAAGGAAUUCAUUUGGUGAUGAUGGAAGUUGUAUUAUGAUGUUGAAUUCUUCUCCAUCUUUUCCAACUUAUAUGGCUACAACCGAAUCUGCAAAGGCGAAGACAAGAUCGAUGAGCAUACCAAAACAACGAGUUGGAUUUUGGGACGGUUGCUUAGAUCAUGAAAACCGUCAACACAAGAACAAGCUCUCUCUUUGUUCAUCUUAUGAUGGCGAAUCAAUUUGGCGCAAUUGAAUGAAACCAUUUUUAUCAAAAAGACAGCCUUAAGACUACAAAGUUGGUUUGUUGUUUUGUUUUUAUUUGUUCUAAUUCUUGAGGCUGAAGUUUAAUCAUCAAGUGAUUCUGAAAAGUCAUUUUCUUUCAUUACUUUGAUUAAAAAAAUUGUGAGUUGUUUUUUUGAGUCAAUAAUUUCUACAAAUUUGAGUAAUGUAAAUAGUUGGGUUUGCUCUUUUCAUAGUUGUAAUUAUUUGUAUAAUGAAACAACACAUAAUUAUAUUUAGUUAUUUAA